GCCAUGUCUUUCAUUGCUGGUCACGCCAGAUCCAGGCACGCAUGGACCCAGACACUUGUGGUUUCCGCCGUACUGUUCCUUUGCGUGACCUCCCCGGUGAGGGGGAACGAGAAGGAGACAUGCUACUCCAGACAGCAUCGGGACGUCACUGUGGACGUGCGGGUCGCCCUCACAAAGCUAGGCACUGUCAUGGUGCCGCGGGUCACUCCGUCGGAGAAGGACUGCAUUCUGUCAUGCUGCUCACAGGAAGUGGGACCAGGCUUAAAGUGCAAUCUGGUGGUGUACAAAACCCAUAUGCCAAAUGAUCCUCCCAACAAAGAAAACUGCUACCUGUUCCACUGUGACACAGAACAGGACUGUCCGCUUAUGGCCUCCAAAGAUGUCAAUACAUAUGACAUUUUCAGAGGCGUCAUGCUUCCCCCAGCAAAAGUCAACCCAAGAGUCACUGCCAAACCUGCUCCAUCCACCACUACUGCCACCACCACCACCACCACCACCACAACUCCUCCAACAACCACCACCACCACCACUGCACCAACUACGACCACAACUCCAACCACAACAACAACCACGACCACGGCCGCACCCACUACCACCACCACCACAACGACACCGGCUCCAACCACCACCACGACCACUACACGGCCAACCACCACUACCACCACAACAACCGCUCCAACCACCACCACCACAGAGCCACCCACAUUUAUCAUUGUGACAAUGCCCCCUGCACCUGAACCUGAACCCGAACCCGAACCUGAACCUGAACCUGAACCGACCCCCGCAACAACAACAACAACUGCAGCAACAACAACAACAACAACAACAACCACCACCACACAACCGACCACGACCACCACAGUCCUACCAGAUCCUCCAACCACGACCACUACUACCACCACCACCACCACAACCAAAGCCCCCCCGCCACCACAUCCUGUAGCUCCUCACAGACCUGUCCGACCACCACCUAGGAGACCGGCCAAGCCAGGGCCGCAUCGGCCAGCGCCCCAUCCAGUUAAGCCUGUGCCAGUGAUCGUCAAGCCACCACCAACGGAGAAACCUGUGAUGGAGCCCACCACCAUCACCACGACGACGACCCCUACGACUACUACCACCACUACAACAACAGCAACAACUACUACUAGUACUGCUGCUCCUACUACUACUACUACUACUAUUACCACGACCACACCUUCCACUGAAAGGACCACGUCUGCCUUUGCGGCAAUGGAUUACGAGUUGAAGGCUGAGAUCCCGGACGCGUUCAGUUCAGUGGGUCCGGUGCACGGCGUGGCCGCUGGGAAGGCGGUGGUGUCGCGUGCAGCCUGGAAGACCAGCCUGGUGGCAGUGGUGCUCGUGGGGCUGGCCUUCGUCACGAUGGCCCUCGCCCUCGUGGGCCGCAAGGCCAUGGAGUCGUUCGACCGACGCCACUAUACGCGACUGGAACUCAAUGACCUGCACUACGAGGUGUGACUCCCUCCCCCAAUGGGAUUACAUUGCUACUGAAUACUGACAAGCGCUACCAUGAAAGAAAAAAAAAAUUCACAACAAAUAAAUGAAAUGUUUCAUAUAAAACAACAUUGACAUACCACAACACACGGGACUUAAGGACUCCUGGAAACCUAUUUGUUUUUCACACUGUUGGGUAAUUUUACACUUAUUGAUAAAUGGCACUGCUGUAAUGUUGUUUUAUUACACACUGUAUAUCCUUCAGCGAUAAAGGCCCUUUAUGAAACAUUUAAUCAUUCACAUCACUCUGAGGGAAGAGUUCAAUAUGAAGACUGUAAAAGGUAGCAGAGGAGAUGGAUAGCGAAAAUAAAAAGCAAUACCUCAAACUCAGGAAGCCUAAAUUUAGACAUAAAAAAUUCCUUUGAUGAUGUGAUAUGCACUGCUGUGUUAGACCCAAUAGAUGGACGACUUUGCACAGUGGCGUUGGAAACGUUGAGAGAGUGUUGAGAUGGCGGCUGAAAUGGCACUCACUGCAUGUCUGGUACCUACAGUACGUAAUCUGUGCAGCUUAUUUGUGGUAUCGGCCCUUAACGAGGUGACCCUCUAACCGUCCUUACUGUAAACGCCUCGAUCAACACGCUUUUAUUUUCUCUCUCUGUUGUGACCGUGCUAUUCAUGAAUAUGCUGUUAUCUCUGGUGUCCCUCCAGGUGAGUCACAGUGAUGGGUAGAAUGGUUAAUGUGUGGACUUUACAUAUACUUCAUAUACUUCUCUUUAAAUGAUUUUCAUUUAGACACACUUUUUGACACACAUUUUUGUUUUGAGUAUUUAUGGAAAUGGUUUUCAUGCACUGGUAGAUUACACAGGUUGUAAACUUUGUCAAAUUGUAUGUGUGCGUGUGCGUGUGUGUGUGUGUGAGUGAGUGUGAGUGUUGGUGUGGGUGUGAGUGAGUUUGAGAGAGUGAGAGUGAGUUGGCAGAAAUGCAAAAUGGACUUUAAAUAGGCUUAGGAAAAUACUCUUUGGCUGGGUGUAGUGCUACAUUUCACCACAAGGUGUCAGACACCACUCAGCAAAGAAGUAUGGUUAUGAAAUUGGAGGGCCAUGGUGCAGUAUGCAACCCAGGCUGUGUGUAACACUUGCACAAAAACUAAUUAAGUCAUUUCUUUCUUGUAUUGCUUUAAUAUUUUCUAAGAUCUCAGUAUAUGUGGAUGGUAAUAGUUUGGUCUUGUUUUGUGAAGUGUUGCUUUCCAUUUGAUUUAAUAAAUAAUAAAAGAAAAU